AGAAACGCCCUGCAUCCUCCGACAUCCAUCCACCCUCUCCGGCUCUCCUCUGCUCCUCUAGCCGCGGAGGAGCCACUCCGAGCGGGAAGCAAGACCAACCAAACCUCCCCGGAAGAAAUGGCAUUUUAACACUGGAGAGAUUGUUUUUUUUUUUUGGUUCUACCCAGAAAGAGAGACAUGGAUCCGUUCUCCUUCCUCCACCUCCUCCUCCUCCUCGUCGCUUCCCUCAGCUGCGUCCCCGCUUCUGCUGACAGGAGGUUCGGUUGUCUGUUCGAGAGCGAGCUGUGUUCACCGUAUGAGAUCUGCGUCAACGAUGGUAUGUUUGGGAGGUGUCACUCUGUUCCAGUGAAGGAGGUUUACACCUAUGAUGUCUCCCCAUCUGUGGUGCAACGCUUCAGGAUGCUGCUGGAGAAGCUCUCCAACAGAGGUUUGACCUGGGAGGAUGACACCACCCAGCAGGUUCUGGCCAAAGAGUUGUCCAAACUGAGGAGGAUUCCCUACAGGCCUCAGCAGAACGGACCUGUCUACGCCGGAGACAGCAGGCCGGCAGCUGAAGCGAUGGACCCAGCGGACCAGAGGGUGAAGCCGGUGGAGGUGGAGCUCAGUAGAAAUCUGCAGGCGUACCUCCAACGACUCGGCCUCAUUCCCAAGUCGUCGUCUGCCUCCGGUCUGAGCACCCAGGGCAAGAUUGACCGUUUCCAGUCGGGCAUCCCCGCGGACGUCUAUCGCUCCAAGGCCCAGCCUUCGCCUCAGAGGACGUCUUCCUCCAGCCCUCUUUCAUCUUUCUUCACUCAGCCGAAGCAGAGACCUCCAUCCGGGCAGCUCCUCGCCACCCAGGCCGAGGGUGACCUUCUCCUGGCCGCCCUGAGGCGCUAUCUCUCCGGGCGUCUGGGGGUGAGCCCCGAGGAGGAGGAGGUGGAGGAGGACGCCUCGGCCCGUCUGAGAACCUUCUACGGCAACGGAAUAGAAAACACUGGGCUCAAGAAGGAGAGCUCGAACCUCAGGCCUCUGAAGACGGGAAGAACUCAAGGAGCAGUGAAGGACCCGCUGACGUCUGUGGACGAGAGGUUCAUCGAGAAAGUCCUGAAGAACGUCGGCAGGCAACACGUGAACGUGGACACCCUGACGCCUCAGGACCUGGACCAACUGUCCCGCCUGAUAGCCGACGCUCUGCAGGUCGUCGACCAGGACAAGGGACCAAACAGAGGCCUGACCCGGGUCAGACCCGGACCGAGAGACCUCGGCGAAGAGCCGAGGGACGCGGAGGCCGAAGAGGAGCAGGAGGCUGCCAGGGAUGAGGAGGAGGAGAGGCUGCUCGAGAACGCUCCGACACUGAAGCCACAGGAGAGCACUCCUGUGAUGCCGGCGGCACUUCAAGAGCGCCAGGCGGAUACAGAGGAGCAGAAUGUGAAGGACGAGCCUGAGAGCGGAAGCCUCUUCACCAAACUUCUCGCCUACCUGGACAAAACCUCCUCCAGCGGCGCUCCAUCCGCGAGAAAUCUGGACGACGCCUCCGUGGAGUCGCCCAGAAGCCGCCAGGUGGGGCUGGAAAACGUCCAGAGUCGGACCAGCCAGGUCGGGGUGAAGGUGCAGAAGAAGGACGCCACGCAGUCCGUGGAGGAGGUGUCGGAGGUGCAGGGCUGGAUCAAGGAGGUGGCGCCGCCUCCGGCCUCGCUCGUGUACGAGGAGCCGCACAAGAAGACGAUGCACGUGCCCGAACUUCAGCUGGACGUCAAGGCCGGCAGGAAGAAGGCUGACGACGACGACGUCUUCGGCUACGUCAUCACCGACACAGAUGGGCUCCAGACGGACGAAGGCCUCCACCUGAUUGAGAUCCUGGCUCGCAUGGCUAAGAUCCAGAUGACGGACUUCUCCGAGCUCUCGGUGGUGGGCCCCGCUGUGACCUUCAAAGUGAGCCCGAACACUCAGAACGUCAGCACCGCAGAUGUGGCCAACGUGGCUGUUAAGCAGAAAGCAGCUCUGGAGAAGGAAGCCAAGGUCAGCAUCCUGGAGGCCGGAGUCGCUGAUGGAAGCCAAAUCAACCAGAUCCCCACCAAGUACAGCCAGGCCGAGUCGACCAAGUUCCUCAUCCUCACCGUCGUCUCCAUCCUGUGCAUCGUCGGCGUGCUGCUGGCCUCCACCGUGGUCUACUGCCUCCGCCACCGCUCCCACCACAAGCUGAAGGAGAAGCUCACCAACCUGGGAACAGACACCACCAGCGAUGCUACCGCCACCUAUCAGGAGCUCUGUCGGCAGCGCAUGGCGGUCAAACCCCCGACCGAGCGCCCGGAGCCGAUCUCCUCCAGGAUCAACAGCGUGUCGUCUCAGUUCAGCGACGGCGGUCAAGCUGUCAGCCCGUCGGCGCGCAGCAGCAUCUCGUCCUGGAGCGAAGAGCCCGCCCACUCCAACAUGGACAUCUCCACCGGCCACAUGAUCCUGUCGUACAUGGAGGAUCACCUGAAGAACAAGGACCGCCUGGAGAAGGAGUGGGAGGCGCUGUGCGCCUAUCAGGCAGAACCCAACGCCUGCACCAUCGGCAUGAAGGACGGCAACGCCAAGAAGAACCGCUCCACUGCUGUCGUAGCAUAUGAUCACUCCCGGAUCACCUUGAAGGUGGAGAACAGCCAAGGCAACUCUGAUUACAUCAACGCCAGCCCGAUCAUGGAUCAUGAUCCCAGGAACCCCGCCUACAUCGCCACCCAGGGCCCCCUGCCCUCCACCGUGGCAGACUUCUGGCAGAUGGUUUGGGAGAACGGCUGCGUGGUGAUCGUCAUGCUGACGCCUCUUGUGGAGAGCGGGGUGAAGCAGUGCUACCACUACUGGCCCGAUGAGGGAUCCAACCUGUAUCACAUCUACGAGGUGAACCUGGUGUCCGAGCACAUCUGGUGUGACGACUUCCUGGUUCGCAGCUUCUACCUGAAGAACAUGCAGACCAACGAGACGCGAACCGUCACUCAGUUCCACUUCCUCACCUGGCUCAACCAGAACGUCCCGGAGACCAGCCGGACGCUGCUCGACUUCCGCAGGAAAGUUAACAAGUGCUACCGGGGACGCUCGUGUCCCAUCAUAGUCCACUGCAGCGAUGGAUCAGGAAGAAGUGGGACCUACAUCCUGGUGGACAUGGUCCUCAACAAGAUGGCUAAAGGUGCCAAGGAGAUUGAUAUCGCUGCGACUCUGGAGCACCUGCGGGACCAGAGGCCGGGAAUGGUUCAGACUAAGGACCAGUUUGAGUUUGCGCUGACGGCCGUUGCGGAGGAGGUGAACGCCAUUCUGAAAGCUCUUCCACAGUAGGAGGGAGCACCUCCUCCGGAUGGACCUCCUCCUCCUCCUCCUCCUCCUCCUCUCCUCUCACCGCUGACCCCUUCUAUCGUUAUCCCAGUUCUCAUUUUCGUCCAACUGUUCUUCAUUUUGUCUUUCCUGUCUUUCUGGUCUUGUUUUAACAUUUUCACAAUGCUGCCUAUCUUCCCCCCUCGUCUCCUUUCCUACCUGAUCUUUUUAACGUCCUCUUGUUUCCUUGUUCUCCAUUCUUUCCUCGUCUUCCCAUCCACUUCUUCUCCUCUCGUCCUCCCCUUCUCCAUCAACAUCGUGCCAGUAAAUCCGUUAGAACCAAUCCUGUACAUAGAUAGACCUUCCUUCUAUUGUAACGAUCCAUGCAGCCUGUUUUCCAAAGUGACAUCUACAACAUGUUUUGAUAGAUUGAUAGAAAAAAGAAAAUGUUCCUCUAUGUUCUGUUAAAGAGUUUAUUGUUCCUAGUUUCUGUUUCCAGACGAGGGGUUGAUCUCGUGGGCGUCAGUCCGUUGUGGGCGUGGCGUCACAACGGCGGUGAAACAUCCUGAUCGCCAGAAUAAACUAAAAAAAAAAAAAGUGUCAAUCAAAAUCAAAUUGUUUGUUUUUCUCUUUCCAAUCAUUGCAAAUUUAAUAUGUUUGGUUACAAAUUGGACGACAUCACUUCUGCAAGUGUUCACGAUGUUCUGAAACUUAAUUGGCUAAAAAAAAACUGAAUCGAUUAAUAGAAAGAAAAACAAAAGAUAUGAUUCUAAAUUACCCAGAUUAUCGUCGCCACUCUCCCGUGAACUAACGCCCUCGAUCGAUGUGUUUUGAGUGUGUGUGUGUGUGUGUGUGAUGUUGAUCAUCAUGUCCGUAUCACAAGCUCGUGUUCGUGUCUCAUAUUUUUUUAGUGCCACGCUUUUUCUGAUGUGUUUCCAUGCAGCGCGCUAGAGAGUCGCGCCCCGUGUCGGUCAGUAAAGUAGACUGUGAGACUAAAACGAAUGAUUUGUUUUUCUUUUUUUUUCCAAGAGUCUGCUGCUGGAUGUGAGAUGAAAAACAUGGAGAUAUAUAUAUAUAUAUAUAUAUAUAUAUAUAUAUAUAUAUAUAUAUAUAUAUAUAUAUAUAUAUAUAUAUAUAUUAUUUUCUCAAUGUGUAAAUCAUUUUAGAUCAUCAUCCUAGUAGAAGCAAUAUCGUAUGUGUUGGACCCGACUCGUUAUCUUCUCUCGUGGACGACCGAUAUCGUGGCUUGUCAGUGACGUUUCACUCAUGUCUGCCUUAAUGAACACACAGUAGACGGACCGGCGAGCGUGUCCGGCCGCGUGGAAACCAGGCUGGUGUGCAAACCAACACUUCAUUUUAAAAUGGCCUCGCUCCGGCGGAUUAACCUGUGGAUUAAAGGUUUGUGCUGCGCUGCUGCCUCCCAGAUAAACACUAACGAACAUGCCGUCUUUCGUUAUAAUCCGAGUGGACAGGAAGUUUCCGUCUGUCCAGGAGUUUGUGAGAGUCUCACAACGUUUGGUCUGUAAGAUAAUUGAGAUAAUCUGAUCCACAGCACGCUGGGAUGAGGCCGUUUUUAAAUACGAAGUGUUUCUGACUCGUACUAAAGAAGAUAGUCUUGCCUCUGAAUAGCAGUCCUUCUAUGUAGCAUUAAUGGAUGAUUUGUACUUGUACAGUAGCCAAACUUGUAUUGCAUUGAGAAGUAGUUUGCGGUGACACUCGUCAGCUGGUUUUUUUGUUUUUUCCCAAAAGCAACUUUAGACUAACUGGGUUUUCGUUCUGGUUCAGAGCCGGUUUCUUUUGGUUCUUUUGGUUUCAGAGCAGCAGGAAGAACGACAGAAUCUUAAAUGAUCAAGAGUUUGGACGAUAUGACGUGUUUGUAUUAUGUUGCUAACUAAUGAUGCUAACCAUUAAAGCCCAGCUCGGUCGAAAGCUCCGAGGCCUACUGAGCUAACUGGCUAACGGUAGCUACAGUUAGCAUUAGCACCAAUUCUUUACCUGUUGCACCCGUCGAACAGCCUACUUUGAAUUGCUACAAACCAAAUCGUGCUCGUGUGUUUAGCAUUUUUGAACACACAGUAUUUUAGUAUUUUAAGAUAAAAAGCCUAUUAGAGUUAUUUAUUGUUACAAGAUGAUGCAGAUCAGACUUUUCCCUUAAAAACAGGUAAACUUGACCCAAAAAUUUACAUUGCUGCUAAUUAUUUUUUGUUAUAUUGUACGUAAAUCACUGGAAAUAAAUGGAUCCUCUGCUUUAAAUAGAUUAAUAGAUACAUGUCCAAUACGAGCAUCAGCCCAGAGAUCCAGCACUGUUUUUACAACAAAGACAUAAAUCACUUUCAGAGAAAUAAUUCUGCUCUGAAACUUUUUAAUCUCUUGGUAAACUCUUGUCGGCUGGGCUUAAAAUCGAACCGAGUCCUCAGAGAACAGAGCUCCGGAUCACCUGAACGCAACACGUCCGUUAUCUAAAGAUGACUUUUGGGAAAACCAGCUCAUGUUUUGUGUUAAAAAAAAUAAAUCUUAAUUUCACUGCUUUCGAUUGGCUGACAGAUUCUAUCCAUCAAACUCUAGUGAAGUCAGUCCGGUCUUAUUUGAAUCACUCAAUCGAUGACAUGACUUGCGUACACUGUGCUACUAUUAGUGCAUGGCUAUUUACUCAGCAAAUUAGUGUGCUGUACUAUUUUUUUUUUUUUUUUUUUUUUACCUGUGGCCUCGAGACGAUCUCAGCAAAACUCUCCAGUCUUUUUUUUUUUUUUUUUUUCCCCUCCCGACCACGUAUUGCACGAGAGGCUCCUUAAAAGAGACGUUAAAAGUGCAAAAAGCCAAGGAUUCUCAUCUCUAAACAGAGCAGGUCGUGGUUAAAGGUUAGUGCGGUGUCGAUGUGAUGUAACGCUGCGGCAAGACGGCGUCAGGAAGCUGAACAUCGACUCCAUUUUUCAUCACCAAAUCGAAAAAUGCUGCAAGAAAUGCUCCUCAUAACGGUUUGUUUCAUGUGGAGGGAGAUCUCAGUUAACGCCGCCUGUUUGAGAUUCUGUGACGGAUGUUAUAAAAAUGUGGAGCUGAAAAGUGAAAACUGAACUUGUUAUAACGGGUGUUUAUUGUGCAGUGAGGUCAUUUUUUCCUCCCCAGUUUCUUUCACACACUCCAUCGAGAAUCAAUAGAUGGCUGGUCUGUUGCAUUAUCACUGUACAUAAACCAAAAGAAUAAAUAAAUACACAAAAUAACAAGAUAUUUUGUUCUAUCGGUGUAAACAACUUGUGAAUAAAGUCUCAUUGUCGAUGCAGUAUUGUAACGCGAUCCUGA